UUUCCGGGUGCGAAAACUUUUCAGGACCUUGGAGAAACGGGCCCCUGAACACUCUCUGCAGUUGUGUGUCGCUUUACAUUUGGCAUUAAUAUCACCAACCUUCGAUUGAUUGAUUUGGGGGCAGUUUUGACAUCGAUUGACACCAUAGUUAGAUUUUUUAUUCUUCUGUUGUUAUUUGCAGUUCCAGGCCAGUGCAGCGACGGAGCAGACAUAGCAUUUAUGAUAGACAAUGCAGACAUAAGUCUCUUUAAAUAUCAUCUUGAAAAAGAGUUCGUCAAGAAUACCAUGACAAAACUGGUAACAAAGUCGUCUCAGCUUAACGCUGCGAUUGUACUUUACAAUGACGAGGCAACAGCAGAGCUGAACUUCACGCAAAAUUUUGACAUGAAUCGCUUUCUUCACGUUAUGGAAAAUUUAAACAAUCCUGAUCCUUGCACUGCUUCCCUAACAAGAAUCGAUCGAGCUUUGCAAUUUACUUCAGACCAUGUUUUCGGGACCGAUGGAGGCUCUCGCCUUGGAGCACCAAAGAUUGCCGUUCUUCUCACUCAUAGUGCCUGGUCUAUUGGACUUAAAGAGUUUCCUCUAAGAAAUGCUUCUCAAUCACUCAAGCAAAAAGGCAUUCGCCUUCUUGUCGUUGGAACUGGGCCCGGUGUUGAGGCAUAUAAGCAGGAGCUACAGGAUAUUACAGAGACCAAUGAUGAUUUGAUCAUGGUCAAAGCUUCUUCCUCACUCUUCCUGUUUGAGAGCGAGUUGGUGGACAAAAUUUGCUCGGCAAUUGACAAUCCAUCCAUUACGUUCGACGAGAAUCCUGUUCCUCUUUUCGUGGAUGGGAGCCACAUUCUUAAUUGCUACAUACGGGGUAUACCCACUCCAGUCGUAAAAUGGAAGAGGAAUGGUCGAGAGCUAUCACAUGUUGACUUAAAUGGAACAGUUUCCAUAUCUGCUGAGAAGGGAAAUGCCAUACUCACUACACUGACACUUCACUUCUCUAAAGUCGGACGCGAACAUGACGGAUACUACACCUGCGAAGCCCUAAACAAGUACAAUACAAGGAGACGAAACGUCAAAAUUUUGGUUUCUUGUUCACCGUCACAACCCAUAGUAACUGCCGUUGGACAGAUGGGAACUGCCGACAUUAGAACUUUAUUGUGCAAGAUCAGCAACCUCGAUUACGGACAGAGGGACUUCUACUACUGGAAGUGGAAGUUUAACGGAAGUGAUAUUCAGGAAAAUAGCAAAUACAGCAUGUCCUAUGACGUUCAUUCUCCUAAUGUUUGCCUGCAGUCAGUUGGAUUGAUGUCUCUCACCAUUACAAACUUUUCUAUGCACGAUUUUGGGCAAUACAAGUGUAUGAUAACGAGGUCCAACACCACAGUGGGAGAAGACGACACGAAUGUAUUGGAUGCAGAACCUUUGAAGCCAUCGCCUCCAGAAAUUGUGAUUGCAAAGCCCGAUAAUUGUGGAAGAACCAUACAUGUUGAGUGGAAUUCCUCAUACACUGGGCAUGAACUGCAAUUAGAUAUGGCGAACGGCAGAACAGAGCGAGUCAUCUAUGACGAAAGCAUUCCCCCAUACAUGUAUUUUUUCAAUGGAUUAAAGAGUAAUACGAUUUAUGAGAUUAAAAUCAGGGUGAACAAUGCUCAAGGUUUUGGUUCGUGGGCAAAGAAACAGAUGAAGACAAUAGCAGAAAGACCAGACUCAUUUCCUCUAAACGCCUCGUCGUUUGGCUGUAGUGUCAAACUCUCGUGGCAGCCCCCUCCAAGAAAAGGCUGCCCGGUAACUCGAUAUACAAUCCACUACAGGGAAUCUAUGCUUUCAGGCAAAGGGAACGUGACAUGGCAAACCAAGAACAUGAACGCAUAUCAUCCCCACCAACAAUUGCAUCAGUUAUGGCUAGAAUGUAGCCAGGCGUAUGAUAUCAUAGUCUUGGGUUGGAAUGAGCGUGGACACAGUGAUAUCGACAAAGAUUCCAUGGUAACAGUUACUACAGAAAGCGGAGUUCCAUUUACACCGUCGCUAAAGGACGUUAUAGAUGACAAGUGUGGCAGGUACAACGUCAGUUGGGAGAAGCCCACCUCCGAUUCAGGAGGAGGACCGAUAACUGCUUACCGAGCACAAGUACGAAUGCAAUCAGAAGACAGCUGGCGAGACUGCACAACUUCUGUAGAGAAAAGAAGCUGCGUGUUCAAAGGUUUGGUAAACGAAUCGAAAUACCAUGUACGCGUGCAAGCGAUCAAUAGGAAGGGACCGAGCGAUUGGUAUUAUGGGUCUUUUGACGCAGUCUACACAGGACCACCUGAUCCUCCCAAGAUAAUGAACAAAGAGACGGAGUUAACUGGAAGGAAUGUUACCAUUAUGUGGAGCACAUCAGACAAUAACUGUGAAAUUAUCUUGUACACUCUACGCCACCGAAUAGUUGAACCAGCCUUUGAGGACGAAAACUGGUCAUCAGUUACAGUCAACGAUACAAAAUACACGUUACAACUACAGUAUAGUAAGGGGUACGAAAUAAUUGUGUCUGCUUGGAACAAGUUAGGAGGCAGUAACAGCACGGAAUGGCAUUUAAGAACAGCACAAGAUAUUCCAUACCCACCUAACAUGUUUCAAACAAUAUCUGGGCCGUGCAACUCUAUCAACUUCACUUGGAGUCCAUCAACUCGUGCAACACUUGGAGGACCCGUCGCAAGUUAUCUCACCCAGAUAAAAAUAAAUGGUUCACAAGAUCCAUGGCAUAAUUGUUCUUCAUCCGAAACGUUGCUGUCGACAUCUUGUUUGUUCACGAGCCUGAAGAAAGACACGGCCUACGAGGUUAGAGUGAUGGCUAAGAACAGGCUUGGGUAUGGGCUACCAUCACGUGCGAUCAUUAAAACGGAAAACACAGACCGCCCCGAUACACCCACUAUAACCAAUACUGAAACGGAAGUUCUAGGGUGCAACGUCACUAUCAAGUGGAAUAAGCCAUCAUCAAAUGGCUGUCCAAUACUCUUCUACACUGUCCACUACAAACAAAAGACACCACAAUAUGGAGACAUGGGAUGGAGCAUAACAAAUGUCACCGACCCAAACGUCAAUCAUCAAGCACUAGUUCUUAACUGUACCACAACCUAUGUGUUCGAAGUGAAAGCCUGGAACGAGAAAGGAGGUAGUCAUUCUCCUUUAAAGGCCUGGCCCAUCACAACAGGGGGAGGUCGAGCAAGUGCACAGGGAGAUCUCGGAGACACAGCAGAUUCAGUGUCACCACCAUGGAGUAAUCUCACAACGUUUCUCAUCGUCGCCUGUUUAGUUUUCCUUGCUCUUGUCCUUGGUAUUGUAAUAAUGUAUUGCAAGACAAAGCCGAAGCAAAGCCAAACCAUUAAAAGGACAGCAAAAGAUAUUCAGGUCCUCGAGUAUCACGAAAUUCAUCCAAAAAGAACUGCAUUUGUCACAGCGCUGGGUGAGGGAGCGUUCGGAAAGGUUCACCUGGCAACAUAUAAGGCCGGUCUGGAGUACUUUAAAGAUAAUCAGGAAAGUUCAAGACAGAUAAGAAAACAGUUUGUUGCCAUUAAAGAACUACAUGAUAACGCUGGUGAAGAACAAAGGCAGGAGUUUCUCGGUGAGAUAGAGCUCAUGAAACGAAUAGGAAAGCAUCAGAACGUUUUGAGUUUUGUAGGAUGUUGGACAACGACUAAACCACUUCUUCUAGUCAUCGAGUAUGUAGCUCACGGAGAUUUGCGUCAAUGGCUGAUACGAAAGAGGCGACAGAUUAUCAGCAGCACUGCUAACGGUAUUGGAAGUGACAAAGACAACAAGACUGUUUACGAGGAUACGAGGAUACACAAGGAGGAACAGGACUGUCUAGAGGAUGGAAAUGAAUCUAUUGUCAUACAAGAAAACACUGCGACUUCCACUGAGCCUAGUGACCAAACUUGCGUUGAGCUAAGCAAUGGAAGCGCAAUACCUCUGGUGACAUUCAGAGGGCCAAAAAUGGAAGAAGAUAGUUCGAUCGAGAAGACAGAUGAUGGAUGCGUUGAAGACUGCGAGUCGUUUCAUCCAGCUGACCUACUGUCAUUCGCCUGGCAGAUAGCCCGAGGAAUGAAUUACCUGGCUGAAAAAGGUCUUGUCCACAGAGACCUGGCAGCGCGUAACGUUCUCGUCGGACACGGUAAACUGCUCAAGAUAGCAGACUUCGGGUUGAUGAGACAAGCAUAUCAUGAGGUGUAUGAAGUCAAAACUCAAAGGAGACUGCCUCUUAAAUGGAUGGCGCCAGAGUCGAUUUAUGAAGAGAUCUUCACUUCUAAAAGUGAUGUGUGGUCCUUUGGAGUAGUCAUGUGGGAAAUUGCAACUCUUGGUGGCUCACCCUACCCAUUUAUAAAUAACACAGACAUCAUCAGGCUGCUGAAGAGUGGUUACAGGAUGGAAAAACCUGACCUGUGUUCGAAUGAAUGGUAAAAAUUGCGUCUUAAGAUCCAUCCUAGCCUGGCAAAAGUUAUUGUCUUGUUCUUUUGCAGCAAUCUUCACACUUCACUUAAAUAUUGGUACAUCUCUGUUGACAAAAAAAAAAAAAGGAAAGAAAAGAAAAACAAAUAAGUAGGAGGCUUACUGUUCAGGGACACGCAAUGGAUCUGUUUCUUGAAAUAUCUGUUCUCCCACCGAGUUCUUGCUGGCUGGCAAACCUAUAAGGCCGAGAAAAGAACAAAUUCACCAGAAUCCAAAGAAACAAAAAUGUUUAAAAAAUGUCUAUGU